AUGGGCUCCGUCAGAUCGUACGGCUCCCAAAUCGGAGCAGUCUCAACCAGAGACGAUAUCCAUACCCAACCACAGGAAAAAGGGACAAAUGGCCAACAAAAUUCCGUCUUACCGACCCUCGAAAAGGACCACCCCGCCCGCUAUGUAUUGGGCAUCUUCCGCGUCAAGAGCGCAGGAGAAAGUGGCCGAACAGGAAUUCACCCAAUCCACUUCCUCCUCGUCUGCUUCAAGAGCAUCUGCACCCUAUCAAUGGUCGUCAAUAUCCUCUGGCCAUUCGUCCCCGCCGCAAUCGUAAUGCAUUUCGCCCGACCCGAUCUCCACGUCUGGGUAUUCUCGCUAAACUACAUCGCCAUGGUCCCAUCAGCAAACCUACUCGGCUUCGCGGGCGGAGAACUAGCCAAGAAGUUACCCAAAGUAUUGGGAGUCUUGGUCGAAACGACGCUCGGCUCUGUUGUCGAAUUGGUCCUUUUCAUGGUCUUGCUGCAUAAUGAUACCAGUAAUGAACCCAACAGCGAACAUAGCUUCAUUCCCGUCAUUCAAGCUGCUAUCCUCGGCUCGAUUCUCGCAAAUUUGCUGCUCUGUUUGGGCAUGUGUUUCUUUGUCGGGGGUUUGAAGCGCACCGAGCAGGUCUUUCAUGAGGCUGUUAGUGAAGUUGGGACGGGAUUGUUGCUGGUAGCUGGAUUCGGUCUUUUGAUUCCGAGCGCGUUUUACUCUGCUUUAAAGGGGGCUGUGAAUCCGAAUUUCACGCUUCAAGAGUUGGAUGAGUCGGUUACUACGAUUAGUCGUGCUACUUCGGUGAUUCUUCUAAUGGCGUUUUUCGGAUACCUCGUCUUCAAUCUACACAGCCACAACUCCAUCUUUGACGACGUCCUAGAAAUGGACGAACGACAAGACGAAGACCGAGACCAAGAAAACCGGCGCGCAAAACUCACUUUCGUCGAAUGUCUAAUUGCCAUCGCCGUCUCCCUAACAUGCGUCUGCAUGUCUGCGGUAUUCCUCGUCCAAGAAAUCGAGCCCAUUGUCGAACUAGGCGUCUCGGAUAAUUUCAUGGGAUUAAUUCUAGUCCCCCUCGUCGAGAAAGCAGCUGAGCAUUUAACCGCCGUCGACGAAGCUUGGGACAACCAAAUCAAUUUUGCGCUAUUUCAUUGUCUUGGCCCUUCGAUUCAUACCGCGCUGCUGAAUGCGCCUCUUGCUGUUAUUGUGGGUUGGGGUCUUGGUAAGAACAUGACCCUGAAUUUUGAGAUUUUCAUGGUUGUCCUACUUGUGCUGUCGAUUUUGGUCGUUGGGAACUUUUUGCGGGAUGGGAAGUCGAAUUACCUGGAGGGGAUGCUUUGUGUGCUUGUUUACUUUAUUAUCGCUGUUACUUCUUGGUAUUAUCCUAAGGUUGAUGUGGCGGCGACUAACCAGGCUUGA